GCGCCUCCUGCCGCUGGGGCCGGGAGGGGGGUCCCGGGAGAGGAGACAAUUUUCCGGCCCCCCCGCCCCACUUCCGGGGCCACCACUUUCACUUUCUCUUCCGCCGGAGCUGGUCCCCUGCUUCCGAAUGACAGGCGCCUCCGGGAGCGCUGGGGUGGCCUGGAGGAAGCAUUUCCACGAAGCCACAGCCCCCCUCUGGGGGAUGGGCGCAGCCAAGCCAGAUGGACGAGAAGAUCAAGAAAGCAGAGGAGAUGGCCCUAAGUCUCGCCCGGGCAGUGGCUGGUGGGGAUGAACAGGCGGCUAUGAAGUGUGCCAUCUGGCUGGCAGAGCAACGGGUGCCCGUGAGUGUGAAACUGAAGCCCGAGGUCUCCCUGACACAGGACAUCAGCUGGUGGCCAUGGCGGACCUGUGGCCCCCCUCUCCCCUCCAGGCUGUGUGUCAGCGUGGAGGAUGCCCAGAUGCACACCGUCACCAUCUGGCUCACCGUGCGCCCUGAUAUGACCGUGGCCUCCCUCAAGGACAUGGUAUUCCUGGACUAUGGCUUCCCACCCACACUGCAGCAGUGGGUAAUUGGGCAGCGGUUGGCACGGGACCAGGAGACUCUACACUCCCAUGGCGUGCGGCGGAAUGGGGACAGUGCCUACCUCUACCUGCUGUCAGCCUGCAACACCUCGCUUAACCCUCGGGAGCUGCAGCGGGAGCGGCAGCUGCGGAUGCUGGAAGAUCUGGGAUUCAAGGAUCUCACGCUGCAGCCAAGGGGUCCCCUGGAGCCAGAUCCUUCCAAGUCCGGGGCCCCCCAGGAGCCUGGCCAGCAGCCAGAUGCAGUGCCCGAGCCCCCACCGGUGGGCUGGCAGUGCCCUGGCUGCACCUUCAUCAACAAGCCCACGCGACCUGGCUGCGAGAUGUGCUGCCAGGCGCGGCCAGAGACCUACCAGGUUCCCACCUCUUACCAGCCGGACGCGGAGGAGCGAGCGCGCCUGGCCAGCGAGGAAGAGGCGCUGCGCCAGUACCAGCAGCGGAAGCAGCAGCAGCAGGAGGGGAACUACCUGCAGCACGUGCAGCUGGAGCAGCGGAGCCUGGUGCUGAACACCGAGCCCGCCGAGUGCCCCGUGUGCUACUCGGCGCUGGCGCCCGGCGAGGCGGUGGUGCUGCGCGAGUGCCUGCACACCUUCUGCAGGGAGUGCCUGCAGGGCACCAUCCGCAACUGCCAGGAGGCCGAGGUCUCCUGCCCCUUCAUCGACAACACCUACUCCUGCCCGGGCAAGCUGCUGGAGAGGGAGAUCCGGGCGCUCCUGAGCCCCGAGGAUUACCAGCGGUUUCUGGACCUGAGUGUCUCCAUUGCCGAGAACCGCAGCGCCUUCAGCUACCACUGCAAGACCCCAGACUGCAAGGGCUGGUGCUUCUUUGAGGAUGAUGUAAACGAGUUCACCUGCCCCGUGUGUUUCCACGUCAACUGCCUGCUCUGCAAGGCCAUCCACGAGCGCAUGAACUGCAGGGAGUAUCAGGACGACCUGGCCUUGCGCGCUCAGAAUGACGUGGCAGCCCGGCAGACCACGGAGAUGCUGAGGGUGCUGCUGCAGCAGGGCGAGGCCAUGCACUGCCCGCAGUGCCAUAUUGUGGUGCAGAAGAAGGAUGGGUGCGACUGGAUCCGCUGCACCGUCUGCCACACCGAGAUCUGCUGGGUCACCAAGGGCCCGCGGUGGGGCCCUGGGCGCUGCCCACCCGGAUGUGCCAGUACUGUCCAAGCCUCUCCCACCCUGGGUCUGCGGCAGACGGACACGACUCUUGUAAUAGGGGAGCUGCGGGGCCCAGAAAAGGCCUGCAUGACCGCCUCUACCAGGUGGCCUAGCCAGGAGGGCCGCUCAGGAGGACCUGCGGGGACGAGGGCCCGAGUGGCAGGGCCCCGGAGACACCAGUGGGGGCUGCCGCUGCCGUGUGAAUGGCAUUCCUUGCCACCCAAGCUGUCAGAACUGCCACUGAACCCAAGAUGGUGGACCCAGCCCUACAUCCGGAGGCAGUUGUGGGCAGGGCUGGGCUCGGAACUUGGCUCUGAUUUCUGGGCUGCAAGACCGUUUUGUGCUUUGGCCAAGGCAGAAGCCCUGUGGGGAUGGCCUGUUUGCCACAGGUGGUGUAGAGGCCCCACCUGAGCCUGCUGUUGGGUCACCUGUGCCCAGUGCCUUUAUCCUCUUCCUGCGGGCUUGCGGCCCAGACCUUCUGGAAGGGGCUCUGUGAGCCACCAGCACCCCCACUCCUCGCCUGCAGGUCACAGCUAGCCACAGCUCGCCCCUCCACGUUGGCUUUCUGGGGUGAAUUUGCUCCGCCUUUGCUGUUGGAGGCUCAGAGCUGCUGAGACCGGGCCAGCUGAGAGCACGCCCUUGGGUCUGACCGCCACCAUCUCCCUCUGUUGCCUGCAUGAGCAGAUUAAAAUGCUUUUCCAGGAA